GCGGGAGCGGCGGUGGCGCGCCCCGGCUGUGCCUCCCGGGCUCUGCCUCCCGGGCACUUGCCCGGCUCUGCGCGCUCCUGGCAUCUGCUCCGCCGCUGACACACAGUAGCGGGGACACCCGACGCCGCUAGCGACAGGCACGUUCCAGAAGGACGCUGCAACUUGGGGACUCCGGCGCGACCGGCCAGCAGAGGAAAGCUUGAAGCUGGAGGACGCCGGCUCUGGGAGCAGUCCCUGUGCUGGCCUCCCUCUCGGCUUCCCACCUCUGUUCCUCCGGCAGCCCCGCUCACUCACCACAGACCGCUGGCCCUGGCGCCCAGUUGGCUCGGCUUCCCACCUCUGCCUGUUUAUUGGAUUUGCCUCAUUCCUGACUCUCCGCUCCAGCCCUGAAUUCCACCUUUUCCUGGCCCCUCAAAUGCUCAAACUUGAGAUGGUUCAUGUCAGAUGGAUACAUUCAACUGGAUUUUUAAAUCAUUGUAAGCCAGUGAUGGAUCAGAAGUUACAGAAUGCAAUGCCAAAUAAAAGUCUUCGAAAGAAUUGCUUCAAAGAACCGAAGAAAGAAAAUUGAUCUACUUCCUUAAUACCUUGAUGUAGAAAAACAUACUGCACAUGGUAGGAAGUGAUAACUGGGAAAGUUUAUUUGGGUCUUAAUAUAUCUAAGUGAUAGGAACUGUCACUUUGUUUCUCAGAGGGCUUAUACCCCAGAGAUUAUGUUAAAAACCAGUAGUUUUAUCAACAUCUUGACAUGAUCACAAGAGAGGAGAAACAAAGGGCUAGCUGAAACCCUGCACCUUGGUCAAGAUGACUUCUGAAGAAAUGGCAGGUUCUGUUCUCAGGCCUGUGAGUCAGAGAAAAGUGAUCUCUGCUCAGUCAACUGUAGAUGAAAGUAAUGAUAAGGUCUUGGACAUCAAUAUUCCAAAAUUUCAUCCUGUCAGGCAGAGUGGGGAGACUUCUCAUACCAUCUCGCAACUGACCAAACUUACAGAAGAAUCUUCUGGAAGCAACGUGCCCCAGAUUUUCUCAGUAGCAAGGGAGAAAAUAACCAGUGAUGAGAACAGUAAUGAAAAUUGCUGGGAGAAAAGCAUGCCAGAUUCUGUGAAAAACCUUAACAUUAACUGCAACAGCAUAUUGAAAAACCAUCAGCAUGGCCCUCCUCAGAGCCAGUUUUAUGAAACGUGCAAUUCUAUCACAGAGGAAGGUCUGUGUUUGGAAACUGGAAUCUCUUCUUCACUGGAAGGAAAGGUGUUCCCUGGAAUUCAACUGGAAAUAGACAGACCUCCCAUGGGCAUUAGUCCAUUAGGAACUCAGUCAGCCAUCAUAGAGACAAGCAGGGCACACCCUGAAAGCAACAUGGCAGUAUUUCACUUGCAUUACGAGGUUGACAGAAGAAUGUCAGACAGUUUCUGUCCCCUAUCAGAUAACUUGAUUUUGGAUGAUUGUGGAAACUGUGUACUACCUGCUGUUGGUGAGGAACAAGAGAAAAAUUACAUGGCAUAUACUUGCAAACUGAUGGAAUUGACAAGUAACUGUGACAAUAAGAAUAGGCAGCUGCAGUGUGAUCAUUGUGACCCCUUGAAUGACAAAUACUUGUGCUUUGAAGGCUCUUGCCCAAAGGCCGAUGUGGUAUGUUCAAGUGACAGCUUUUGCAGAGAGGAUUUUACUGACAGUCCACCUGCCAAGACCUUUCUGAGCCAUUUUGAGGACUUCCCUGAUAAUUGUGAAGAUGUAGAAGAAGAUUUGUUUAAAAAUAAAAAGGAGCGGUCUGCUUGGUUAGUGAGGAGAUUUUGCAAAAAUGACAAGGAAGUUAAGAAAUCUGUGUUUACUGGGACAAGGGCAAUUGUGAGAACUUUGCCUUCUGGUCACAUUGGACUGGAGGCUUUGAGUUAUAUUGAUCAGAAGAAAAAUGGUCUCUUAUUGCCUCCUGGGAGAGUCAUGGAACGGCUGUCAACAGUGGUGGUUAGGCAAGAUGGUUCCCAAGGUCUGUCAAAAGCCCAGUGGUAUCCGAUCUACAGUGCAGUGAGAAGGGGAGAAGCCACAGAAGAAACAAUUAGAUCUCUUCUCCAUUUCUUCGCCAAGCUCCCAGCCUCCGAGACAGCCCAUGAAAGGAUCAGUGUUAGUCCGUACUUAAAGCAAUGUGUCCGAGACACGGUGUGUGAGUAUCGUGCCACCCUGCAAAGGACUUCCAUAUCUCAGUACAUCACCGGCUCUCUCCUGGAAGCCACCACAUCUUUAGGAGCAAGAAGCAGCCUCCUCAAUUCUUUUGGAGGAUCCGCGGGACGAAUGAUGCUGAAAGAACGCCAACCAGGCACGUCUAUGGCCAAUUCCAGUGCCCUUCCUUCAAGUUCAGCUGGGAUCAGCAAGGAACUGAUUGAUCUGAAGCCCCUCAUCCAAUUCCCAGAGGAAGUCGCCAGCAUCCUGAUGGAGCAGGAGCAAAAUAUUUACCGAAGGGUCUUGCCAGUUGACUAUCUUUUCUUCUUGACCCGGGGCUUGGGCACCACAGAACGUCAGAGGUCCCUGCCCUCCCUCAAAGCAUCCAUCUCAGCAUCCAUUCUUACCUCCCAGAAUGGAGAGCACAACGCCCUCGAAGAUCUUGUGAUGAGAUUUAAUGAGGUGAGCUCCUGGGUGACGUGGCUGAUCCUCGCGGCGGGCUCCAUGGAAGAGAAGCGGGAAGUCUUCUCGUACUUGGUUCACGUGGCCAAAUGCUGCUGGAACAUGGGCAACUACAAUGCCGUCAUGGAGUUCUUGGCCGGCCUCAGGUCAAGGAAAGUUUUAAAAAUGUGGCAGUUUAUGGACCAGUCUGACCUGGAGACCAUGAGGAGCCUGAAGGACGCCAUGGCCCAGCACGAGUCUUCCUGUGAAUACAGGAAGGUGGUGACACGAGCGCUGCACAUCCCCGGCUGCAAGGUGGUUCCGUUCUGCGGGGUGUUCCUGAAGGAGCUCUGUGAGGUGCUGGACGGAGCCUCUGGCCUCAUGAAGCUUUGCCCGAGGUACAAUUCACAGGAAGAAACUCUAGAGUUUGUAGCCGAUUAUAGUGGACAAGAUAAUUUCUUACAACGAGUGGGACAGAAUGGCUUAAAGAAUUCAGAGAAGGAAUCCACUGUCAACAGCAUCUUUCAGAUCAUCAGGAGCUGCAGUCGAAGUCUGGAGACAGAGGAGGAGGACAGCCCCAGUGAUGGGAACAGCUCAAGGAAAAAUUCCCUGAAAGAUAAAGCCCGAUGGCAGUUUAUAAUUGGAGAUUUGUUGGAUUCCGAAAAUGACAUCUUUGAGCAGCCCAAAGAAUGGGACUCUCAUGGAUCGGAAGAGCCACAGAAAGCCUUUGACCAUGGGACAGAGCUCAUCCCAUGGUACGUGCUGUCCAUCCAAGCUGAUGUGCACCAGUUCCUGUUGCAGGGGGCCACAGUCAUCCACUAUGAUCAGGACACGCACCUCUCUGCCCGCUGCUUCCUCCAGCUUCAGCCUGACAAUAGCACUUUGACCUGGAUAAAACCCACCACUGCUUCCCCAGCCAGUGCUAAAGCAAAACUUGGCGUGCUCAGUAACACAUCUGAGCCUGGCAAGUUCCCGUUACUGGGCAAUGCUGGAUUAAGUGGCCUGGUGGAGGGGAUCUUGGAUCUGUUUGCAGCAAAGGCUGUGUACAUGGGACACCCUAACAUUGAUAUACACACUGUGUGUGUUCAGAACAAAUUGAGUAACAUGUCUCUCUCAGAGACUGGUGUGACACUGCUCUACGGGCUGCAGACCACGGACAAUAGAUUAUUGCACUUUGUGGCACCAAAGCACACAGCUAAAAUGCUCUUCAGUGGAUUGUUGGAGCUCACUAGAGCUGUGAGGAAGAUGAGGAAGUUCCCUGACCAAAGACAGCAGUGGCUGCGGAAACAGUACGUCAGCCUCUACCAGGAGGAUGGACGAUAUGAAGGCCCAACUUUGGCUCAAGCUGUGGAGCUGUUUGGUGGCAGACGAUGGAGUACUCGAAACCCCAGCCCUGGGACAUCAGCAAAGAGCGCUGAGAAACCCAACACCUUAAGUAUAAGCAACGCCAAGAAAAAGAAGAAAAUCCUUAUGAGGGGUGAGAGUGGAGAGGUGACGGAUGACGAGAUGGCCACCCGCAAGGCCAAAACACACAAAGAGAGUCGGAGCCGGAGUGGUUCUGAUCCUCAAGAUGUCAAUGAACAAGAAGAAUCAGAGGCAAAUGCCAUCAUGAACCCUCCCAACCCUCUCCCUUCCAGAAGAGCCCACUCCUUGACCACGACUGGGCCCCCUACCUUGACUGCCGGGACAUCAUCUCCCAUCAGGCCAGUGUCCUCCCCUGUGCUGCCUGCUUCCAACAAGAGCCCGACCAGUGCUUGGAACAGCAGCAGCUGCUGGCCAGGGAAGAUCAAAGGAGGGAUGCAGGGCUUUCAGAGCUUCAUGGUUUCAGACAGCAGCAUGAGUUUUGUGGAAUUUGUUGAGCUGUUCAAAUCAUUCAGUGUGAGGAGCCGCAAGGACCUGAAGGACCUCUUUGACAUCUACGCCGUACCCUGUGACCGAGCUGGCUCUGAGGCAGCCCCCCUCUAUACCAACCUGACCAUUGAUGAAAAUGUCAGCGGUCUUCAGCCUGACCUAGAUUUGUUGACCAGAAAUGUCUCAGAUUUGGGGUUAUUCAUCAAGAGUAAACAGCAGCUGUCCGACAACCAGAGGCAGAUAUCUGAUGCCAUUGCUGCUGCAAGUAUUGUAACAAAUGGCACCGGAGUGGAGAGCACAUCUCUGGGUGUGUUUGGAGUCGGCAUCCUCCAGCUCAAUGACUUCCUAGUGAAUUGCCAAGGAGAACACUAUACUUAUGAUGAAAUCCUCAGCAUCAUCCAGAAGUUCGAGCCUAGCAUUAGUAUGUGUCAUCAAGGCCUAAUGUCAUUUGAAGGAUUUGCAAGGUUUCUUAUGGAUAAAGAUAAUUUUGCCUCGAAAAAUGAUGAGUCACAGGAGAACGUUAAAGAAAUGCAGCUGCCCCUCUCCUACUAUUACAUUGAAUCUUCACACAAUACCUACCUCACGGGCCACCAGCUCAAAGGAGAAUCCUCAGUAGAACUCUACAGCCAGGUCCUCCUGCAAGGCUGUAGGAGUGUAGAGUUGGACUGCUGGGACGGAGAUGAUGGAAUGCCCAUCAUUUAUCAUGGACACACCCUGACAACCAAGAUCCCCUUCAAGGAAGUGGUUGAAGCCAUCGAUCGCAGUGCCUUCAUCAACUCUGACCUGCCCAUCAUCAUAUCGAUUGAGAACCACUGUUCAUUGCCUCAGCAACGAAAAAUGGCAGAAAUUUUCAAGACUGUGUUUGGAGAAAAACUGGUGGCUAAAUUCUUAUUUGAGAGUGAUUUCUCGGAUGAUCCAAUGCUCCCCUCGCCUGACCAACUCAGAAGGAAAGUGCUUCUCAAAAAUAAGAAAUUAAAAGCCCAUCAGACACCAGUGGAUAUCUUAAAGCAAAAGGCUCAUCAGCUAGCAUCCAUGCAAGCUCAGGCUUAUAACGGUAGCAAUGCCAACUCCCCACCUGCUAAUAAUGAGGAAGAGGAAGAUGAAGAGGAUGAAUAUGAUUACGAUUAUGAAUCCCUCUCUGAUGACAACAUUCUAGAAGACAGACCUGAAAAUAAAUCAUGUAAUGACAAACUUCAGUUUGAGUAUAAUGAAGAAAUCCCCAAGAGGAUAAAGAAAGCAGAUAACUCUGCUUGCAACAAAGGAAAGGUUUAUGACAUGGAACUGGGAGAAGAAUUUUAUCUUCCUCAGAAUAAAAAGGAAAGCAGACAGAUUGCACCAGAGCUUUCUGACCUUGUCAUCUAUUGCCAAGCAGUAAAAUUCCCAGGCCUGUCAACUCUAAAUGCAUCUGGCUCUAGCAGAGGAAAAGAAAGGAAAAGCAGGAAGUCCAUUUUUGGCAACAAUCCGGGCAGAAUGAGCCCCGGGGAGACAGCACCAUUUAACAAAACAUCUGGAAAAAGUUCCUGUGAAGGAAUGCGACAGGCCUGGGAGGACUCUCCUUUCUCCGUCAACCCAACCACAUCCCUCAGCGCUAUCAUUAGAACUCCCAAAUGCUACCAUAUCUCCUCGCUGAAUGAAAAUGCCGCCAAACGUCUAUGUCGCAGGUAUUCUCAGAAACUGAUCCAGCACACCGCCUGCCAGCUGCUGAGGACGUACCCGGCUGCCACUCGCAUCGACUCUUCCAACCCCAACCCACUCCUGUUCUGGCUCCAUGGGAUACAGCUCGUGGCACUCAACUACCAGACAGAUGAUCUCUCUUUACAUUUGAAUGCCGCCAUGUUUGAGGCCAAUGGUGGCUGUGGUUAUGUUCUGAAACCCCCAGUUCUGUGGGACAAGAACUGUUCCAUGUAUCAGAAGUUCUCCCCCUUGGAAAGAGACCUGGACAACAUGGAGCCUGCCGUCUAUUCGUUAACUAUUGUCUCUGGGCAGAACGUGUGCCCGAGUAAUAGCACGGGGAGCCCAUGUAUCGAGGUUGAUGUCCUGGGCAUGGCCUUGGAUAGCUGCCACUUCCGCACGAAGCCCAUCCACCGCAAUACUCUGAACCCCAUGUGGAAUGAACAGUUCCUCUUCCGGGUUCACUUCGAAGAUCUCGUAUUUGUUCGUUUUGCUGUCGUGGAGAACAACAGCUCGGUGGUCACUGCUCAGAGAAUCAUCUCCCUCAAGGCUCUAAAGCGAGGAUAUCGACAUCUUCAGCUGCGAAAUCUCCACAAUGAAGUCUUGGAAAUCUCUAGUUUAUUCAUAAACAGCAGGAGGAUGGAAGAAAAUUCCUCUGGCAAUACUGUGCCGGCCUCUCUGAUGUUUAAUACAGAAGAAAGAAAAUGUUUGCAGACUCACAGAGUCACAGUGCAUGGCGUCCCAGGUCCAGAGCCCUUUACGGUUUUCUCUAUAAACGGAGCCACUAAGGCAAAGCAGCUUCUCCAACAAAUUCUCGUUAUGGAUCAAGAUACCAAACCUAUUGCCACAGACUAUUUUUUAAUGGAGGAAAAAUAUUUCAUAUCUAAAGAGAAGAAUGAAUGUAGGAAACAACCGUUCCAGAGAGCCAUUGGUCCAGAAGAAGAGAUUGUGCAAAUUUUAAGCAGCUGGUUUCCAGAAGAGGGAUAUGUUGGCAGGAUUGUCUUAAAAACCCAGCAGGAAAACCUGGAGGAGAAAAGCAUUGUGCAAGAUGACAAGGAGAUGCUCCUGAGCUCAGAGGAGGACAGCUUCUUUGUCCAGGUGCACGACGUUUCCCCCGAGCAACCGCGCACGGUCAUCAAAGCACCCCGUGUCAGCACCGCGCAGGACGUCAUUCAGCAGACCUUAUGCAAAGCCAAAUAUUCCUAUAGCAUCCUAAGCAACCCCAACCCGAGUGACUAUGUGCUUCUGGAAGAGGUGGUGAAAGACACCGCCAACAGGAAGUCUUCCACCCCAAAGGCCUCCCAGCGUGUCCUUUUGGAUCAGGAGUGUGUGUUUCAAGCUCAAAGCAAGUGGAAAGGUGCAGGAAAAUUCAUCCUUAAGCUAAAGGAACAGGUGCAGGCAUCUCGAGAAGAUAAAAAAAAAGGCAUCUCUUUUGCAAGUGAACUCAAGAAGCUCACCAAGACUAAACAGCCCCGAGGACCCACAUCACCUUCUCAGGUCUUGGCCUCAGAAAAUGUCCAAAACAAGGAAGAGAAACCUAUGGGUGGCUUGCCUUCCAGUGACACCACAGACUACCGACAGUGAGCAAGAUAGCACGGUUUACCCAGGUGAAGAUCUUUUGGCAAGAAGUUAAAAUCAAGAACGAUCAUAAUGGAGACAAAUAUAAUUCCCUUAUUUUCAUAAACUAAACUGGAAACUUACGAUUUCUGAACUCUUGAUACGAGGUCCACGCUGAGGUCAAGCAAAAUGGUACAGGGCUUGCUAUCAACUGGUUUCCUACUGAAUGAAGCAAAGAAGCCCAGCAGACUGCCAUUUUACAUGUCAACAGUUGGAAAAACCACCGCUAAGCUUGCAAUAAUUGACUUAGAACAGGAGUCAGCAAACUUUUAUAAAGGGCUAGUCAGUAAAUAUCUUCGUUCUUAAUGGGCCAAAUGGUCUCUGUUGCAAUGAUUUAGCUUAGUGCAAAAGCAGCCAUAGACAAUACAUACAUGAUUGAAUGUGGUGGCUGUGAUCCAAGAAAACUAUUUAAAGACAUUGGAAUUGGAAUUGCAUAUCAUUUUCCCAUGGCAUAAAUAUUCCUCUUUGGAUUUUAAAAAAAAAUCAUUUUAAAAUGUAAACGAUUCUUAGUUCAACAGCCACACAAAAGCAGGUGGCAGGCUGGAUUUGGCUCAAAGGCCACAGUUUGCUGACCUGACUUAGAAAACUGGGAACAAGAUGCACAGAGGUAAGAAAACAAGCAGGCUAGUUUAGUCAUACCUAUUAUGGCUAAGAAUUGGAAGCUUUGGGGCAUUGCACAUGUAAAUAUGUCCUCUAGGACUCAUUAAAAAAUAAUUCAACCUACUCUCUGUAUUGUGUACCAUCGUGAACUCUCCUAUAGUGUUUCUUUUUACAUAUAGAAUGAUGUUGGGUUUUUUAUGUUUAUCACUUAUAUUCACAGACUUUUGGUUUCUACAAAAUGAAUUUAGAAUAAUGUUAUCUACUGAGUUGUGGCAUCUUAGUAAGAAACUUAACCAUGUUUCUAACGCAGAAGUAGACUGAGUUGGUGUUUAUUUAUUUUACGAGGUUUGUACUGACACUGUACCUAUGUAUUUAUUAUACAUAGCUUUCUUGAUAUUGCUUGCAGAUUAGAAGCAUUAGUGGUUCUAUUUCACUAUUUGAAAACAAAUCUCCUUAGAAGAAAAUGUAUGCCCUGAAUACCUGAAAUAGGCCAGAAUUUCAUGUAUCUUGCCAUUUAAUGUAAAUUAUUUUUAAAACCUUGCUGUAUAAGACUAUCAUGUAAGUGAUAAAGGAUUCGUCUUGUUCUUGGCACGAAGCAAAUUGUGACUCUUCACAUAAAAUGUGUUCCUCUAAAGUAAAAUCCAAAUUUUAUCUUUCUAAUGACCUUCAAAUUUGAUGUUUUUCUUCAAAUUAUAAAACAUACUAAAAUCUCUAAUCUCUGCUUUGAGACAUUUUCACCAUAAAAAAAAAAUGAAUAAAACAAUUCCCCCUUCUUUGUGUACUCUAACAAAAGUAUCAAAAACACAACACAGCUUUCAUGUUAUUGGAAGUUCUGACUAAGUCAAAGCCUUAUUGCUAAAAGAAUCACCGUUUGCUUGUCAACAGCAUUCAGGCUAUUUCAAUUUGAUGCUGUUUGUACAGUACUACAGGUUUCUUUUUAAAUGAAAUAAUCAGUCUGCAACAAA